GUCAUCUGCUACAAAAAAAAACAAAAAAAACAUUCCACUGUUAGCCAAUCUGCGACGCAGCGCAAGGACUGUCAAGGGGGGCCUUAACAGCAGCUGGMAAAAUAUUGACAGUUUAUCAAGCAACGAAACUCGGGAUUUGCUGUUUUUGUGACUAUAGCUGAGUAACACCGGUUAGGAUUGGAAGGUGCAGCCGAGCUAGGGUGUAGUGAAGUCGGGGAGAGGAGGAGGGGACGGUCCGGACAGGAGAAAAACAAAGAUGUCUGUGUAGUUAAACUAGGCAAAUCCUUGCGAACUGUCUUAACAUCUCUCAGAUUUUUCCAAAACUGACACGUCCCGGAGGUCCAGUGGAUAGCGAGCUGGCACCAGGGCCAAAACGUUUACCGACCUGCCGAACCGGGCCGUUAUGAACGGCCGCUCAUGCGCUGUCACGGCAAAUAACUGCGACUUGACAACACAAAAACAUCUGACGGGUUGUUUUGUUCUAGCUAGACAAGGGCGAGGACUGGAGUGUUUUGUGAGCUUGUUAGCUAUAGCAUGUAGCUAGCUGAAUAUAUUCAUUAAACUGCCAGUCAACAGCGCUACAUUUAUACGAAAACGACCGUCAAAUAACGAUUUUUGGAAAUUUCUAGAACGUUAGGUGAAUGUCCGUUUGUUAAAUUCAAAGCGUAUUGCGCAACAUUGCUUACAAACUAGCUAGCUAGCUAACGUGUAUUCCAGCUCUGACUUCUUGCUAGCCAGCUGACCGUUAGCUGUCCUGGCGUUCCCUUGCCUAGCCUGGUGUAGCUAAAUCUGCCAGCUAGCUAACAUUUUGGCGACAGGUCGCUAGAUUACGCUUGACAAACACCAUCACCACCACCCACCAUGUCCUCGAUGGAAGAGCGUGGUGAGGUGGGCGUCGCGGCGGCUCCAGGCUCCUCAGGCGGACUGGGGGUUGGGGCGGUGGGGGCAGCCCUGGAGACAGUGGUCGGUGGGCCAUCAAUGCAAGAGGAGGUGGGCUUCCGAAGAGGAGAGGGGCUCGGGCCCGAGUCGGACCCGGACGAGCCGCCGCCCAAGAAGCGGAUGAGACUGCCGGAGGGAGAGUCGGGAAAGCUGGAAGAGAGGCUGUAUUCAGUGCUGUGCUGCACGGUGUGUUUAGACCUGCCCAAAGCCUCCGUUUAUCAGUGCACCAACGGUCACCUGAUGUGUGCUGGCUGUUUCAUCCACCUGCUGGCUGACUCUCGUCUGAAAGAGGAACAGGCCACUUGUCCUAACUGCAGGUGUGAGAUCACCAAGUCUCUGUGUUGUAGGAACCUGGCUGUAGAGAAGGCUGUGAGUGAGCUGCCCACAGACUGCCCCUUCUGUCUCAAACAGUUCCCUCGCUCCAGCCUAGAGAGGCACCAGAAAGAGGAGUGCCAAGACAGGUACACACCUCAUUGGGUGACACAGUGUAAGUACAAGCGGAUUGGCUGCCCGUGGAAGGGGCCGUUCCACGAGCUGCCGGCCCACGAGGAGGAGUGCUGCCACCCCACCAAGACUGGCACAGAGCUGAUGGGCAUCCUGGGGGAGAUGGACCAGAGCCACCGCAGAGAACUAACUCUUUACAGCUCUAUAUUCUCCCUGCUCUGUUACGAGAAGAUUGGCUUCACAGGUAGGCUAGAGGUCCAGUUCAGGCCGUACCGGACAGAUGACUUCAUAACUCGUCUGUACUAUGAAAGUCCUCGUUUCACCGUGUUGAACCAGACCUGGGUACUGAAGGCCAGAGUCAAUGACUCAGAACGCAACCCUAACCUCUCGUGCAAACGCACCCUCUCCUUCCAACUCAUCCUCAAGAGCAAGGUGAACUCGGCUAUAGAGUGUUCCUUCCUGCUGUUGAAAGGUCCGUACGAUGAUGUGAGGAUCAAGCCUGUGAUUCACCAUCAUGCGUUCAGCAACGACACCAACGAAACUGACUACGUCCCCCUGCCCAUCACCGACUCUGUGGAGUGUAACAAACUACUGGCCGCUAAGAACAUCAACCUACGUCUCUUCAUCUUCCAGAUCCAGAAAUAGACAGAGGAAGAGGAGGAGGACCGAGAGAGACGUGUAGAGGACGUGAGGGAGAGAGAAGUUUGAGUUUAAAGUGAGACACCACUGAUACCUCUUUACACACACACACACACACACACACACACACACACACACACACACACACACACUGGACCACAUAUUGAGAGAGUUAGGGAAUCCCACCAUUUCAGGUUCUGCUUUUAGUGUUGCUAUGAUUUACUAUGGGGGYGUUAGGGGAGAUGGGGUUGUCACUAUGGAGACCGGAUGGUGUUGCUAGGGGAAUUCAUCUGUAUGGACUGAGGAGUUGUUACAAUGGGGGUGUUAGAGGAGAUGGGGCUGUCACUAUGGAGACCGGAUGAUGUUGCUAGGGGAAUUCAUCUGUAUGGACUGAGGAGUUGUUACAAUGGGGGUGUUAGGGGAGAGGGGGUUGUCGCUAUGGAGACAGGAUGGUGUACCUGUGGAGUUGAGUCUGUCUGACCUUUCACCCUUUGACCCCAGAGCCAAAGGUAGCUCAUACCCACCAAAGCAGGAUGAACCAUACGAGAGUGUGUGUGUGGUAUGAUACUCUGAGUAAAUGUGUGUGCGUAUGUGUUCCAAAGAUGUGAAUGUGAGCUUUUGAACUCUGUUGACCAACUCA